AAUUUUCACAUUUUUAUGAAAUUUUCACAUUUUUAUGAAAUUUUCACAUUUUUCUCGAAAUUUUCACAUUUUCUCAGAAUUUUCACAUUUUUCUCGAAAUUUUCACAUUUUUCUGAAAUUUUCACAUUUUCUCAGAAUUUUCACAUUUUCUCACAUUUUCUCCGAAAUUUUCACAUUUUUCUCGAAAUUUUCACAUUUUUCUGA